AUGGCGAAGCUGGCGGAAAAGAAGAAACCGACCGAAGAAGAGCUGCAAGCUAAUGUUAUGAAACUGCUGUGGUACAAUGGCAUUUUUUCUGUAUUCUCUUCGAUAGCCCAGCUUGGCCUCUUUGACACCUACCUGUUCAUCAUGGCUGGUAACUCCAACACGGCGGUGGGAUGGGCAGAAUCCAUUUCUGGACUGAGUCAGAUCCUGCUGGCGGGCCCGGCUGGGAUUCUUACAGACAAGGUCUCCCGCAGCAAAAUCUUGGAGUGGUGUGCGGGCCUCUCCGUCCUCGCCGUGGGCUUCUCCGUUGCAGGUGUGGAGCUCGACAGCUUCCCCGUGAUUUAUAUAUCUCUCUUCGUCUUUGGGACCUACACUGCCCUGCAGAACACUGCAAGCAUGGCCUUGUAUUCUGACUCCAUACCUCAGGGCUCCCGCGCGAAAUGGCUGUCGCGUGUGAGCAUAGUCAACCAACUGGGCUACGGGGCCGGCCCCUUCUUGAGCCUCUUCCUCCUUGCGUACUUUGGAAACGAAUGGAAGCUUUCCGUCCUCCACUUCGUCCUGGUCAUCGGCUUUCUUGGCAUGAUCCCGGCAAAUCUUUUCCUCCUCAAUCUCAAGGAUGCGCAGCACGAGGAGGAGGGGCCGGAGGCCUCCGGCGCUUUCAGUAACCUGAAGUAUGCACGUGUAGUUCCCUGGCUGCUCUGUGGCCUUGAUGUUGUGAGCGCGAUCGGCGCUGGUAUGACCGUGAAGUUCUUUCCCCUCUUCUUCAAGGAGGACUACGGCAUGAACCCUGGACAAAUCCAGUUGCUCUUUGCUGUCUAUGGCCUAUCCUUUGGCUUUUUUACUUGGCUGUGUGACGAGGCAGCCGCCAAGAUGGGCCGGGUAGAGGCAGGUCUGCUCUUCGCAUCUUCUGGAGUGCUCUGCCUCUUCCUUCUGGCCUGGCUCAGGUGGCUUCCAGCCGUCUUGGUUGUCUUUGUGCUGCGUGGUGCGUUUGCAAACUCGAUCUAUCCCAUUGACCGCUCGAUUCUCAUGGACUUCGUGCCGUCGUCCGAACGCGGCCGCUGGAACGCUGCUGAGAGCAUCAGCAGCAUGUCCUGGUCGGGGUCCGCUGUGCUCGGAGGCUACCUCAUGGACGCGUUUGACUACCGAAUGACCUUCGUCAUCACGGCCUGUAUCUAUGCCGUGUCAGCUCUUAUGAGGCUGCCUCUGUUCUUCAUCGUGCCUCGCUACGAGGUGUCAGCGUCUCAUCAAGCGCUGCUUACCCGCAUGGUCUCUCACGAGGACGUGCAGAGCGUCCUGCUCUCGUCUGUGAGAUCACGCAGUGUACAAUUUGAGCUGUAA